AUGGGUGCGUUGAAGGGUUUAGUUACUUUGGUCUUGCUGUGCGUAUUCACACAGGCUAGGGCUCAAACUGAUUUCAUAGCAUCAGUGUUUGCAGAAACAUCUAGAAGCACAACUCUCCGAUGGAACAGGUAUCCUGGAGCCAGUUCAUAUCUGAUCACCGUAUUCCAACAAGGCUUGGAAGAUCCAAUUGCUUUCACUCAGUUUGGUGAAAACAUAGUGAUGGGCACUGUCAACUCUCUGUACCCGAACAACCAAUAUGACUUCAUAGUUCAACCUUUGGACAUUAACCAAAACUCGCUGGCCACAACAAAUGUUCAGUCAUUAACAGCUCCUGUGGUGAUGGAUCCCAUUCAGAAAGUCAAGCCAAAAGACAGCCAAGCUUUAAUAAUCGAGUUUAACUUGGUCAACGGAGCAACUCAUUACAUUGUAAGGGUCCAAGGUCCUGAUGGUUUCUUUAGAGAAGACACAGUUUAUUCCUCUCCGGCUGAGAUCAGUUCCCUCAAGGCGUACACCGAGUACACUUUGCGCAUCAUGGCAGGGUAUAGCGGAGGCCGCAAUCAGCCCUCUCCCACUGUGACUGGAAAGACAGUUUUGGCCCCUCUUCAGCUCCACACUUCGUCUCCCAGUAAUAACAGCAUUGAUGUGUCCUGGGACCCCAUUGACAGUGCUGUCCAGUACACUGUAGCUCUGUAUGAUGUUUUCUCCAAUACAACCAUGAAACAAAACACCACCAGCAACAGUUUGACAUUCUCAGGGCUUGAAGCUGGCUCGCUCUUCAUGAUCAUGGGGUUUGGUUGGGAUGCUGAAGAACGAAAAGGAGAAGGAAGCCUGUACAUCAACCAGACAACACGACCACCAAUGCCGUCUUCCGUUGAUGUCUCUGUGACAAUGAACAAUGACCAAGCUGAACUGUCUGUGUCCUGGGAAUUAAAUCAGGAGGUUUAUAGCAACAUAGAGUACUAUGUUACGAGUGAUGAGAGCCUCACUUGUAACACCACAUCUAGCCCCUGCACGCUCUCACCUGUGGGCUGUGGAGAGGUGUACACUAUCCAGGUUAUCGCCUUCAACGACGCAGGGCCGAGCUAUCCAUCAUACCCUGUUGAGUUCAUCACCUUCCCUUGCCCACCUAAAUCUUUGGCUAUAGUGGAAUCAGCGGAAUCAAACUGCACUCUUUCCUGGGAUAUUGAGCCCUACACUGAUAGCUACAUGGCUUAUAUCAAGAAAGGGGACGGCAGCGAGGAGACAUGCGCAACUACCAGCAACAACUGCACCUACCACUGCCAAUGUGGCUACAUGUUCCAGUUGUAUGUGUUUGCUUACAACCCUGCUGGCUCCAGUCCUCAAGGACCUGUUGUCAACUAUACAACAUUGCCCUGUUGUCCGGAAAACGUGUCCGUCUCCCUGGUGAGCACAGAAACUCUGGAGAUCACUUGGACAGCAUCUCGGGGAGCAGAUCUGUAUGAGACUCGAGCAGCGGAUAUUUCAGAAGUCAUCCUGUGCAAUGACACCGCACCAGUCUGCGCCCUCUCUGACCUCAGCUGCGAUACAGCUUACAGUGUAGUUGUGACCCCUUGCAAUGACAUGAGCGGCUGUAAUCGUGCAUGCAAGGCUCACACUAAAGACACAGCUCCCUGCAUGCCCAUGCAUAUCCAGCUUGAUCCCAAAAACUCUUCCUGUGUCAGUGUAAGCUGGACAGCAAACAACCGUGCUGCCAAUUACAGCGUGAAUGCAGUGGGAGAAGAUGGCACGUACACCUGCACCUCUGGCGGAAGUAGUUGUGACAUCACAGAUUUGCCCUGUGGGUGCAACUAUGAGGUGAUUGUCACUGCAACCAGCGCUGCAGGGCAGAGUUUACAAAGUUACUCGGAAAGACUAGAAACAGAACCCUGUUGUCCAGCCAACACCACCGUGCACCAGGUCACUCAGGCGAUGACCAAUGUCUCAUGGUCUCACGCUAAAGGCGCGUAUUCCUUCAUGACCUCGUUGACGUCAUCGCGUGGUCAUGCAAGUUGCCACACCCAGGACUUACACUGCCUCAUGGGAUGCAUCACUUGUGGCACAAACUACACAGUCACAAUGGAGGCUUACAGCCACAGUGGACGCAGUACUAAUUGCACCUAUCAGGGUUUUUCAUCCAGUGCAUGUUGUCCAUCAGGUUUAAGGGUGUACAAGAUGGCUGGAAACUCUUUGCGGUUGCAAUGGCGCAUCACAAGCAGUAGCCACCGUUACAUAGCUGAACUGAUGGGUAGCAACAAUUACUACAACUGUACAACAUCUGCAGGAGAGAGCAACUGUGCUAUUGCAGAUGUCCAAUGUGGUGACGUUUAUCAUGUCACGGUGGCUCCAUUAACAGCAGAGGACAGCAAAGUCUCAUUUUGUGGUCAGAGGAUUUACUCAGUCACUUGCUUAGGAGAUGAUGUUGGUACAGUCAUUUACAGAGGCAAGAGAAGUUUGGAUGAGUCCAUACAAAUAUCUGCAAAACCAGAUGGAAGUGCCUGA